AUGAGUAUUGCUGCAUAUGCGUAUGAAGCUGACAGAGCUAAACGUUUAUAUUUUGGUCAAUACUCUCUCACACUUACUGACAAAUAUAUUGUUAUUUCUGAUGGAAAUACCGAGAAAUACAUAACAUGGAAGGACUAUGAAAAGUUUGACCCUAUUUUAACUCCAUGCACUAUGCCAUUCAUUGUAAAUGGUGAAGUUGUCAUGAAGAACGACACAACUGUUUAUAGGUCUGUAUAUGAAGCGUUAGAAUAUAUGUUGAAUUAUAAUCCCGAAAGAUUUGACCCAAGCACUACGUCAUGUACAAUGCCUUUUAUUAAGGAUGGUGAAAUCGUAAGAGUUCCGAAUUCAACGGUUUACACAGCUGUUCAAAACAGUUUACAAAACAUUUUAGCGAAUAUCUUUAAUUCAGAAACUACAGAAAUAAAAUUACCAUAUAUAACAGAUGCUAAAGAAAUUAAAUCAAAAACGACAACAUUAUUUACGUCACUUAAUGAUUUAAUGACUUAUAUCAUUAAUAUUCCUGCACCAACUACAGCAUUUGAUCCAAACUCGACGGUUUGCAGUGUACCUUUCAUAAAGUCGCAAACGGACUCUUUGAGUCCUGAAG